ACCGGCUCCUGUGGAAAGAGCAGCAGUAGCUGCGACGACGGUCCCAGCGAAGGGGGGGUCCCUUCGCUGCACCGUGAGCCGAUCCCCCGCACCGGGGCCUUUUUUUUUAAAAAAAAGAAGAGAGAGAAAAAAAAAUAAUUUUUUUGGGGGUGGGUUUUUUUUAAAAAAAAUUAAAAUGUCGGGUGGCGUCUGUCGGUUGGUUCGGCGGUGAGCUCGAACCCCCCGGAGGAGGAGGAGGAGGAGGAGGGAGGCUUUCUGUCUCUGCCUUUCGUUCAGAACCGCGGGUGGCCCCGGAGUCGUGACGGUCGGCCUGGAGCUCAGGCUCGGGGUGGGGAGGGGAGGAGAGGAGAGGUGUGGUGAGAUGCCGUGAGUGCUAUGACCAGUGGAAGGGUACGUGCAAAGAAAAAACCCGCUAUUUUUGAAGCAUCAAUGGAUAACAACCCCCCUUUGAGAUCAUCUGGAAGACAGGUCAAAAAGAAAACGUUUGAAACUGAGGAAGAGGAAGAAGGUUCUGAAAAGAAAUAUAGGAAGUGUGAAAAAGCUGGCUGCACUGCAGCAUACCCAGUUUGCUUUGCAAGUAUUGCAGAGAGGUGUGCUAAAAAUGGGUAUACAUCACGCUGGUAUCAUUUAUCCUGUGGUGAACAUUUCUGCAAUGAAUGCUUUGAUCACUGUUACCGCAGCCACAAAGAUGGGUACGAGAAGUAUGCCACCUGGAAAAGAAUCUGGACCAGCAAUGGCAAAAGUGAGCCCAGUCUAAAAGCAUUUAUGGCUGAUCAGCAACUUCCCUACUGGGUGCAGUGUACAAAACAUGAUUGUGGGAAAUGGCGUCAGUUAACGAGAGACAUCCAAAUUACUGCAGAACUAGCCAAAACAUACCGUUGUGGAAUGAAAACGUACUCAACUGUCAAGACAGAAAGCCCAGAUCCCUGCUCUUUGUCUGAAGACAUGCGAGUUGGCGAAGUUGGUGAUAGCAAGUGGUAUUCUAUGCUAAUUGUGCCCCCAUUACUCAAGGGUAGUCCAGCAGCCCCUUUUCUUGGUGCGUAUUACCCAGACUGUGUAGGCAUGAGCCCAUCGUGUACCACCACUAAUCGUUGCCACAAUGAGUUCACCAGUAUGAAGAUGACUCCAGCAGAAUACUGCAAAAUUGUUCAGUCAACCGUUCCAGGAGUGAGUCCUUACUUCCAGCCUUUCUACCAGCCAAACGAGUGUGGGAAGGCCCUUUGUGUGAGGCCCGAUGUAAUGGAACUUGAUGAAUUGUAUGAAUUCCCAGAAUAUUCUCGGGAUCCCACUAUGUAUCUAGCGUUGAGAAAUUUAAUUCUGGCUCUUUGGAACGUUAACUGCAAAGAGGUGCUCAGUGCACAGAAAUGUGCAUACCACAUAAUCGUUCGGGGCCUUGUUCGCAUAUGCUGCGUGCAGGAAAUGGAGAAGAUCUUGCAUUUUGUGACAAGGAAGGGCUUGAUCAAUACUGGGAUCUUGGCUGUCAAUUGUGAUCAACCUCUCUUGCCCACUUAUUACCACAAGAAAAGUGUCAUUGUUGUUGGUGCUGGCGCAGCAGGCUUAGCUGCUGCACGACAACUGCAGAAUUUUGGAAUAAAGGUGAUGGUGCUGGAAGCCAGAGACCGAAUAGGUGGCCGUGUGUGGGAUGACUACUCUCUUGGAGUGACUGUGGGAAAGGGAGCACAAAUUGUUAAUGGAUGCAUUAACAACCCCAUAGCACUAAUGUGUGAGCAAUUUGGAAUUAAGAUGCACAAAUUAGGAGACAGGUGUGAUUUAAUUCAAGAAGGUGGAAGAGUGACUGACCCCACAGUGGACAAACGCAUUGACUUCCAUUUCAAUGCCAUGCUAGAUGUUGUAGCAGAAUGGAGGAAAGACAAGAAUCAGCUCCAAGAUAUCCCUCUUGGAGAAAAGAUUGAAGUGAUCUAUAACACUUUUAUCCAGGAAUCUGGUCUGCAGUUCAGUGACUUAGAAGCCAAGGUGCUGCAGUUUCACCUAAGCAAUCUUGAAUAUGCUUGUGGCAGCAGUUUACACCAGGUGUCUGCUCGUUCCUGGGACCACAAUGAGUUUUUUGCUCAGUUUGCAGGUGAUCACAGUCUCUUCACAGCAGGUUACUCUUCUGUCAUCAACAAAUUAAGUGAUGGUUUGGACAUCCAACUAAAUGCUCCAGUACAGAGCAUUGACUACUCAGGGGAUGAUAUCCGUAUUGGAACAGCCAGUGGGAUGUUAUGGACAAGUCAGAAGGUUUUGGUAACUGUCCCUCUAGCACUUCUUCAGAGGAACAUCAUUAAGUUUUAUCCACCUCUACCCGAAAAGAAACUUAAGGCUAUCAACAGCCUCGGACAAGGGAUUAUUGAAAAGAUUGCCCUUCAGUUUCCAUACAAAUUCUGGGAGAACAAAAUUCAGGGUGCAGAUUUCUUUGGUCACAUUCCUCCUACUCCUGAGAAACGUGGGCUAUUUGGUGUAUUCUAUGAUAUGGAUCCACACGGUGAGCACUGUGUUCUAAUGUCGGUGAUCAGUGGAGAUGCAGUAGUUCUAAUCCGAGAUUUGCAAGAUAAGCAAGUGGUAGAAUUAUGUAUGAAUGUUCUCCGAGAACUCUUUAAGGAACAGGAAGUUCCAGACCCAAUCAGGUACUUUGUUACACACUGGAGCAAGGACCCUUGGUCCCAGAUGGCCUACAGCUUUGUAAAGACUGGAGGAAGUGGUGAAGCUUAUGAUAUCAUGGCUGAAGACCUGCAAGGAAAAGUAUUUUUUGCUGGUGAAGCAACAAAUAGACACUUUCCACAGACUGUCACAGGGGCAUAUCUAAGUGGAGUCCGAGAAGCAAGUAAAAUUGCUGCAUUGUAAAUGUGAACAUUUUCUGUAAUGUCUUUCUUUGUUCAGAGCACUAAUGAAUAAUGCUGUACAGAUGAAAGGUGCUGCACUUUCAAACAUGUUAACACUCUUUGUAGGUGUACGUUUAAGGUCAGGAAUGAGGGCAAAACAAAUACAAUAUGAUUAAUGGAAAUCUGGUGCUUAAGGUCAGGUACAAAAUAAACCCAUUUGCAGUUUAGCAACAAAUGACAUUAUUGGUUGUAAAGUGAUCUUCAGAUUGUGAAUAGAGCAUUAAUACACAAGUACACUGCAUACACUUCCUUGAACUAAUUUAAUAAUUAAAGUUGUUCACAUCUUUAGAGGUAAAAGCACUCUGCACUAAAAGGGGGCAGAAAUAAAGCAAACAGCUUUAAAAGUCAGUCAUAUGGCAAAAUUAUUAUUAGUACAUGCAGUUACUUGCCAUAUACAUGAUGGAAACCAGCUGGCGUGUUGAACAAGCUGAUUUCCAGUGAAUUGUAAUGAAGAACUGCUAUCAAACUUUAAUUUCUUUUUCUUUCUAGUUGACUCUCUGCCAGUAUAGCAGCAAGGACAAAUCAGCCAGUUAAAAUUCAGUUUGACUAUGGUGAGAAGCUCUUCCAGUACUUCAGUGAGAAAGUUGAAUCUAAGAUUGAAUAAAUGAGCAAAUUAGGAUACAUCAGCCCAAGAUCCAACCAACUUGUCUUAAAUUGUGACAAACUCUCUAGCAUCAGUUGGUUGUAGAUAUUGCCAAUCAGAAGAUGGGUUGAAAAUGACCUGGAACCUCAAUCCUCUACAACCAUGUAAAAUGUAACAGCCUUUAAGUACUUGUCAACCUAAGCUGUCAAUAUUUAUAUUUUAUUGGUUGUAAAGUGUACAGUAUUUGAGAAGCAUGGGAAUUCUUAUUGAACUGACUGUCCCAGUUUAUACUGAAACCUGAAUCUUUGAUUUUAUACAGUGAUGGGAUUUAUAUAUCUAUUUUAUAAGUUUUCUUUGAAAACAGCUUGUACAUAAACAAAUGAUGUAAAUAUCUGGUUGAUUUUGCCAUUAGGAUUACAUUCUUUAAAUGUGCUGCCUGCAUAUGUAAAUGAGUAACAAGUUAAUUUGUUAAGCAUGAGCAGUUUUGCUUUUCUGUGUAAUACAAGGUACUUAGGGUGGUUUUACUGUAUUAUAAAAUGGACUAAAUUAGUCUCAGUGACAUAAGCAUUACUGAAAAUCUCAGGUAUUGCAGCCUUUGGUGCUUUACUCCUGUUUCCCUGGUUGUUUAUACUAGGCUGGAACAAAUCUCAAAAUAUACAUGGCAGAGUAGUUGGUUACCUCACCUACCUACAUUAGGUGUAGUACAGGUUAGAAUAACAUUCCUUGAGCCAUUUUGACAGGAGCAAAAACCUACAAUAUCUAAAUAUAGCAAUUAGUAAUCUUAACAUUGGGUGCAACUGUAUGGAAUGUUUUACAUUUUGAGUCGACUCUUAAAACAAAAGGUUACAAGGCCAUUCAUACGAAUUUUAAGUGGAUUGGCCCAACUUUAACUGCCACAAUAAUAUUUGAAGACCGCUCGCUGCAUGUAGUUAAUAUUGUAAUUCUAAAGCAAUUGUCACUUUGCUCAACAUUACUUUUUAAAUUCUAAGUAGACUACUACACUAAGCAGGAAUAACUCAAUAUUGAUAAUCAGGACUGAAUUGGAGAGCUAAAUGACAACCCUAAAACCUUGUAUAACCUGCUUAUUUUACAGUUGUGAUUUAGAAAGCAAGUAAACUUUUACAAAUUGUACAGCAUUUAAAAAGUGCAAACAGCUUUGACUACCAGAUGUAAACACUCCUUUUAAAGACAUUUCAGCUUUUCAACAUAAUUCAAUCAUGUCCUAAAAAUUUAAGAACUGAUUAUUUUUAAAAUGGCCUUGUAACAGACUGUCUUUUGGAGUACCUGUUCAUACAAAACUUCAAUGAGAAAGGCCUACUUCCUGUAACAAGUAAUGGCUAUGGUCACUUAAGUUUUAAGCACUUCAAAUAAAAAAAUUACAAAGUGA